ACCCUCCUGAGUCGCUUGCUGCUGGAACUGUAUCAUCGGGGCAAUACCAGUAGCCUGGGCGCCGGCACCUGACACAACAUGGGGUUGGGGGUCAUUCCUAACCCCUCCCUGGGCCAUGAGAUGACCCAUGUCAAGGGUGUCAACGACUAUGUCUACAUUCUGCUCAUCAUGAUCUUCUACUCCUGUCUGGCUGGAGGCCUCAUCUUGGCCUACACCUGCUCUCACAAGCUUGUGGAGGCCAAGGAUGAGCCAUCCCAACCCUUCCCCCAACACCAGUGGGCUUCGGGAGGCACCCUGGCCCUAGCUGCUGAGACGGCUACCAAACCGCCGGCUGAAGGCCACUGCCAGCUCGCAAUCAGGAGGCUGCCCACCCUUGCCCAGGGCACCCCGGGGGUCUAGAACCACAGCAGCAGCUUGCUGGCGCCUUCAUUACCUCACUUAUCCCUGGGUAUGGUCCCUGCCUUUUCCUUUCCUCCCCUUCCAGGGUUCUCCUCACCUGAGACCCAGACAGUGAUAAGAGGCCAGGAGACCUUGUCUGGAAGGAGCACCACCUUACCCA